AGUGUCUUGCAGAAAAACGCAUGAGAAGACGGAAGCAGGAAUUAUUCAUGUGUAUGUAAACGUACGAUAGGGGAAUGAUCGUGAUAUGGGAAGAACACAAAGCGAUAUUGUUGCCACUUGUACACGCAAUGCACAACAUGCGUCACAAAAUUCCGUAGCAGAUACGACCAAGCCUACUUUAACUCGUUCCUCUUCUCAAAAUUCGCAUGAUCCCUUGAAUCAAAUCACCACAGCGCAGGCCACCGCUCGUCUCACCUUGCAAGAAAGACUGGCCGCAGUAACACGUAGUCAGAUCGCACGAUCACCUUCCAUUCGAUCCACCACAUCGUCGUCAGAGAAUAAAUGGCUAAAGAGCCAACCUCAAGCCGUCGAAAUAGCUACCCGACAAGUGGGCUUACUGGAAGAGAUGCUGGCGGCAGAGACAGGUAGAAGACGAGAAUCCAACGAACUGUUACCAGCCAGUGAUAUCAUGACGCAAUUAUAUCAACAAUGUCGCGAUACUCAAACGGAACAUCAACUCAAAAUACCAAAUAUAACCGAUACUGCUGAAUUAGCGCUGCUCCUUGGUUUGAACGAUCGUUUGCUAGCAGCCAUAGCCAUGUAUGAUUCUUUAUAUCCUGCCAAAGCCGAGCCCAAACUACAAGACAUAUCCACUUCAACUGAUAUGCCACCGAUAUCAGACACGUUGGAUUUAUCUGGCUCUUUCGAAAUAGGUGAUGCUGAGGACGACGACGACGACGACGUUAGGCAUAUGAUGGACGCUGAAACAACGAUAAAUAGCAAUGAGAAGCAGGCUAAUCUCAAUGCAGAGAGUGCGCAUACAGAAACAGAAGGGGAUGAACAUACGGAUAUGGCCGAAUUGCGUCGAGUCAUUGAAGUGGAGGAAGGUGUUGCUUUCAAGCAAGCGAAAAAUACAGGGUUAUAAACUACGGUUGAUGAUGAUGAUGUUUUCUUACCACUUUAACUGUGCAUUAGCAGCUGUUCAUAUAAAGAAUAGUGUAUAAAAAAUGAUACAAUAGAUAUAUAAAACUAGUUUACAA